AUGGUCGCGGUUACUUCACUCCUACGGUUGGCAGCCAUCGUCCUGCUGAAUCCUCUCAAAGGUGCUGAGGCUGCCCGUCGUUUCAAUCGGCGUAGCGACCUGGACAAUGUCCCACCCAUCAACGCCUCUGCCGCCGCACACUGGACCGUCCCUCUUCAGGGCAGCCGAACCUGCGACGCGGGUCAGCAUUGUAUAAGCUCGCUUUCAGCUCCACCAUUGACCAAACCUCUCCAGUAUCUUGCAAUCGCACGUGGAUUCUACAUGUAUCUGUGCCCUGGGAAAAGCCUCAACGAAGCAGCUCAGUUUCAGUCCCAAUCAACGCAACUUUACGAUGCCGCACCUCUUAUUCCAAAUCUCCCCAACGAAGCCGCUUUUCAUGAGUUGCCUGCAAGGCUUUAUGACUUCGACUACGCUCAACUGAGGAACACUACACUCGAAUGCAUGGGUACUAUUGGUACAGACAACAAGACCGCCAUCGUCACACUUUUCGAGAUCGCUACUUUCGAAGCCCUCCCGUACGAGUCUGUGCUACCACCUGACAAUACAGACGUGGACGGUCGAUGGGCACAUUCAGUUAGCCGCAAGAGAGAUUGGGAUAUCUACCGGGUCAAGACUGCUGGGGGGACACCACCCAUCUGUGACGGUACGCGUUUUAUGGCCGAAAAGGAGUACACAGCAGAGUAUUGGUUCUACUAUGCGGGAGGAGAAGAUCUAUGGACACCAACCGAUGUCAAAAGAGAGGAAUCGACCAUAGCUCAAGACAUGCCGGCUCUCAUAUGA